UUGAUAAAAUUUCCCUUAAAACCCUCGCUCCGUAAACCCUUACUCGACUCGUCUCCCGCCGCGCGCGCUCUCUCUCUCUCUCUCUCUUUCUCUCUCUCCCCUCCUCUCUCUUCGUUCGCUAGGGUUCGCUUAAACCCUUCGCUAGUGUUCGCUUAAACCCCAGCGAAUCACCUCCAACAAUGGCGACGCCGCCGCCCCCUGCCCACGCCAUGAAGAGGAACUACCGGUGCGUGCCCUCGCUGCAGCAGUUCUACAGCGGCGGCCCCUUCGCCGUCUCCUCCGACGGCGCCUUCAUCGCCUGCGCCUGCGGCGACGAGGUGAAGCUCGUGAGAUCUUCCGACGCCUCCGUGCGCGCCACCCUCGCCGGCGACUCCGAGGCCGUCACCGCCAUCGCCCUCGGCCCCGGCGACCGCCUCCUCUUCUCCGCCACCCACAGCCGCCUCAUCCGCGUCUGGGACCUCGCCUCCCUCAAGUGCAUCCGUUCUUGGAAGGGUCAUGAUGGUCCUGUGAUGGGCAUGGCAUGCCAUUCUUCUGGUGGAUUGCUUGCAACGGCAGGAGCGGAUAAGAAGGUAUUGGUAUGGGAUGUUGAUGGUGGCUUUUGUACACAUUUCUUUAAAGGCCACAAGGGAGUUGUCACAAGCAUCAUGUUCCACAGUGAUCCAAACCGCUUACUACUGUUCUCAGGAAGUGAUGAUGCAAGUGUACGAAUAUGGGAUCUGGAAACUAAGAAGUGCAUUGCAGUGAUGGAGAAGCAUUUCUCAGCAGUUACUUCCUUGUCAUUAUCGGAAGAUGGGCAGCUAUUACUUAGCGCUGGAAGAGAUAAGGUUGUGAAUAUAUGGGAUGCACGUAAUUAUAGCUUCAAGAUGACUGUGCCGACUUAUGAGAUGGUGGAAGCUAUUUGCAUUAUACAAUCGGAUAGUAGCUUGUCCACUUGUUUGGGAUCAAAGAAAUCUCAGAUUGGGAAGAGUAAAUCAAAUGGUUCUCCGCGAGUUCAUUUUCUCACUGUUGGUGAGCGUGGAGUUGUACGCAUUUGGAGCUCAGAAGGUGCAGUUUGCAUAUUUGAGCAGCAAUCUUCUGAUGUAACUGUUAGCUCUGAUAAAGAUGAUUCUAAAAGAGGGUUCACAUCAGCUAUUUUAUUACCAUCAGAUCAAGGAUUGCUCUGUGUCACUGCUGAUCAGCAGUUUCUGUUCUAUCAGCUGAUAAAAGAUGUUGAGGGGACAUUUCAGUUAAACCUAUAUAAACGCCUUGUGGGUUACAAUGAAGAGAUUCUUGAUAUGAAGUUUCUUGGUGAGGAGGAAAAAUAUCUUGCUGUGGCAACAAAUUUGGAGCAGGUAUAGAGUGGCCAUUGGUUGCCUUCUUUACCUA